AUGAAAUCAAUCAAAUUAAUUGACAAUUUAUAAGCAUUUAACAUUGAUUAUAAAAUUACUGCCAGACAUGCACUCUUUCUCACAUAUGGAAUGUAUUUGACUUAUUAAUACUAUACAUAAAUGAGAACAUGCGAUGAUUAAAUUCGAGAUGUAUAAUCAUAUAUUGUAUCAAAGGAAUUGCUGAAAUAAAAAUCAUAAAUACAUCAAUAAUAUUAACAACUUUAUAGUAAAUCUAAUGAAGGAAUACUUGACUGCACCUUAGACAAAGGAGAUUGGAUAUUUUCAAACUAAAAUCCUAAAAUUAAUGAAUAUUUUAAUCAGAAGCUUUCGUUAAAUUACAAAUACCAAACAAUUAUGCCUCUUUAUUUAUGUGCAGGCACUGGUUUCCCAUCCUUGACGAUUCUUUGUGGCUAUUUUCAAAAUAGGGACGAUAGAUUUGUUUACGGACUUAUUGCAGCAGCAAUAUUUAGUGGCAUUAAAAUUAUUGUUAAAGUAUGAGUUUUAAUGUUCUAUAAAUCAUAAUUAAUCAUUUUUACAAAAA